AUGGCAGAGCCAGCGAUGCCGGGAAAAGGGUUCGCCUCGGUAGCUCGCCCCAACGGUGGCAGAGGUGCUCCAUCAGUCCUACCUGGCGGACCAGGUGCGCCUGGAGGAGUUCCUCACCACUACAUCGGGGCGCCGGAAGGGUGGCACCAGACGUCCAUAGCCACGGCGCCUCGCAUCGCGGCGCAGCAGGCGCCCCCGGAGGCCUCCUUCCAGAUGAUCUCGACGGCUUCACUGGUGGCAGCUUAUCCUUCCUACGGGGCGGAUCCACCCUUGCAGGGGCCGCAGGGGCAGGCGAAGGGCUACAGCAUGGGGCCGACCAGCCCAGAUCCCUGGACCGAGACCCCAGAGGCGAAGCAGGCGCGGGAUCGGCGCCGGAGGGAGGCAGAGGAGGCAGCCAAGCGCGAGAAGGAUCGCUUGGCCAGGGACGGCUGGACGGCGGCAGGGCGGAAGUCGUGGGGCGGCAAGGACCAGAACUGGGUCGACGACGACCAGAAGUGGGACAAGGGCGGCCAGAAGUGUCAGGCUUUCCAGGGCUAUUUCGGCAUCGAGUGGAAGGGGGAAGAGAACGGGCAGGAGAUAACCGAGGUGCAGCGGCAGAAGGACGGAGAGGCGCUGCUCCUGCUAGGUUUGGCGAUGGAGAUCGCAAUGGUCCAGGCUUUAGCCGAGGCCGUUCGAGCCAGCGUUGGUGACGCCCACCUGGAUCCCGCCCCGCAGGAGGUCAGAGUGGUCCGGAGCGGCCCGACCGCGGGCGGCACGGGCGGCGACCCGCCGCAGACCUUGUGGAGGACCUUCCCCCCCAUCCCCUCGGCCCAGACCUGCGGCGGUGCCGGGGUCGAUCGCUCCGUGGUGGUGCUUUGGCCCCGAGCCUGCACAUAUGACAAAGUCAACGCCCGGAUCCGAGUGUUCUCGGUGGGCCUCCAUGGCACGGUGCAGGGCCUCCAGGACCAGGCGGCGGCGGGCGGGCCGUUCACGGCGGGGCAGCGGGUCGAGUACCGCAGCUCGGGCGGCGGAUGGAUCCCCGCCGUGGUGCAGGAGGUCCACCCCGAUGGGAGCUACAAGCUGGACUGCAAGCCGCGGGCGCCCGCGGACGCCGUCCGCGCGGUUGCCGCGUCGCCGCGCGCCCCCGCGCCCGUCUCGCUCGCCUUCCAGGCUGAAGAAAUGGUGGAGUAUUUCAGCGCCUCGCAGAAGGAGUGGAUGAAGGCGAGGGUCCUCGCCGCCAACGCGGACGGCACUUACGACCUGGACUGCAAGGCGGGGGUGCCGGAGAGCAAGCUUCGCAAGAUGUUGGCGCCGACGCCGCGGGAGGCCAGCAGAUCUGCGGCGUCGCCCAGGCCUGCCGCCGCCAAGUUCCAGGUUGGCGAGAUGGUGGAGUACUUCAGCGCCUCGCAGAAGGAAUGGAUGAGGGCCAAGGUGACCGCUGUCCGCGCCGACGGCAUGUACGACUUGGACUGCAAGCCGGGCGUGUCGGAGGAUAAGCUGCGCAAGGCGGGCAGCGCGCCCAGCUCGGCGCCGGGCUCCCCGGGCACCGUGGUCGGCGGCCUGGGCUCGCCGGGCACCGCGUCCCCAGGCACCGUGGUCGGCGGCCUCGGCACGGGCGCCGACGGCGCCGAGCUGGGCCUGGUGCCGGGCGCCAGCUACAAGGCGGGGCAGAUGGUGGAGUACUUCAGCGCGUCGCAGCAGGCCUGGCUCAAGGCGAAGGUGCUCAGAGUCCACACGAACGGCACGUAUGACCUCGACUGCAAGGCCGGAGUGGACGCUGGCAAGAUCCGCCCCCUCGGGCCGCCGUCCCCGGGCCCGCCGACGGGGGCCCUGCGCGCGGCUGGCGUUGGCUCCCCUGGGACGCUGCCAGGAGGCCUCGGCACCGUGACCGCCGCCGCGCUCGCCGCGGGCAGCAGCAGCCCGCCGCCCGGCGGCGGCGCCUUCGGGCCCGGCCAGUUCGUGGAGUACUUCAGCGCAUCGCAGCAGGCGUGGAUGCGGGCGAAGGUGACGGCCCUCAAUGCAGAUGGCACCUUCAAUCUUGACUGCAAGCCCAAUGUCACGCAGGACAAGAUCCGCCCUCUGCCGAGCGUCUCGACCCAGAGCGUCGUGCGGGCAGCCGCUGGCGCGCAGGCGGGCGCCUCCGAGGCGAUGUACAAGGCCGGCCAGACGCUGGAAUACUUCAGCGCCUCCCUCCAGGGGUACAUGAAGGCCAAGGUCUUGCGCGCCAACCCGGACGGGACCUACGACCUCGACUGCAAGGCGGGCGUGCCGGAGGGCAAGCUGCGCGGGCUCACGGCUAUGCAGGAGAGGGACGAGGUCGCCUCCGUGGCCUCCAUGGCCUCCUCCGCGGCGAGGGUUGCUUCGAUGCAGGAGAGGGACAAGCUCGCGAGGGUCGCGUCCACGGCCUCCGCAGACGGCGGCUUCGGCGAGGACCCCGCGAACAGGGCGUCUCUCGAGGAGGCGGGCGCCGCCUCGGCGGGCGACCACCGCCUGAACUGGCCCGCGGCGAGGUCGCCUUUCGAGGAGGACGACGCCGGGCGGCAGUCCGUGAUGAUGCGCAGGAAGUCCUCGCAGCCGGCGCGGUCC